CCUCUUUCUUUAGUUUUGUUUUUUUCAUUAUGAUAUUUUCAAACUGUAAUUUCUAAAGCACUUGGUAGUGCAUUGUUAAAUACAAUAGGGUCACUCUUUUUUAUAUAAGGUGGUUGCGAUGAACAAAGAUGGAGAACAACAUAAACUGGAAAGGAAAUAGAGUAGAGCAUGAGUUCGCUUCUUUGGUGGAGUGCUUUCUUCUCUGCGGCGUUACUAGUCCUGCUGAGAUGGAUAAAGCCCAGAAAAGGUUCAACCAAAUUGCGACCUCCAGGGCCACAAGGGUGGCCAAUUCUUGGCAACAUAUUUGAUCUGGGAACCAUGCCUCACCAGACCCUGUACACGCUUCGAUCUCAGUAUGGGCCCGUUCUCUGGUUACAGCUUGGGGCCAUAAACACCGUGGUGAUACAAUCAGCCAAGGUGGCAGCUGAACUCUUCAAGAAUCAUGACCUUCCUUUCUCCGACCGCAAGGUCCCAUGUGCAUUAACUGCUUUGAACUACAAUCAAGGAUCAAUGGCUAUGAGCAACUACGGCACGUACUGGAGAACUCUCCGGAAGGUGUGCUCCGGUGAACUCCUAGUCAUCAAGCGGAUCAAUGAAAUGGCUCCCCUCCGACACAAGUGUGUUAACAGGAUGAUCCAAUGGAUUGAGGAUGAUGCUACAAUGGCGCGUGUACAGGGAGGAUCAGGUGAGGUGGAAGUUUCCCACCUUGUAUUUUGUGUGGCAUUCAACCUCAUCGCCAACCUCAUGCUGUCCCGUGAUUUCUUCGACAUGAAGCCCAAGGAAGGGAACGAGUUCUAUGAUGCCAUGAACAAAAUCAUGGAGUUGGCCGGGAAGCCUAACAUGGCGGACUUCUUCCCAUUUUUGAAAUGGCUGGACCCACAGGGGAUCAAGAGGAACAUGGUGAGAGAAUUGGGACGAGCCAUGGAUAUCAUUGCGGGAUUUGUGAAGGAGAGGGUUGAGGAGCGGCAGACAGGUACAGAGAAGGAGAAGAGGGAUUUCCUGGAUGUGUUGUUGGAGUACCGACGUGAUGGGAAAGAAGGAUCUGAGAAAUUAUCAGAGAGGAAUAUGAAUAUAAUCAUACUGGAAAUGUUCUUCGGAGGGACAGAAACUACAAGCAGUACAAUCGAAUGGGCAAUGACAGAGCUACUCCGCAAACCCAAGUCAAUGAGAAAGGUUAAAGAGGAGCUUGAUCGAGUUGUUGGACCAGAUAGGAAGGUUGAAGAGAGCGACAUCGAUGAACUGCCAUAUUUGCAAGCUGUGGUGAAGGAAACUCUACGCUUGCAUCCCGCGCUUCCUUUACUGAUUCCACGAAAUGCAUUGCAAGACACUAACUUCAUGGGCUAUUUCAUACCCCAAAAUACCCAAGUUUUUGUAAAUGCCUGGUCGAUUGGAAGGGACCCGGAAGCCUGGCACAAGCCCCUCUCUUUCAAGCCGCGGAGGUUUUUAGGCUCUGAUAUAGACUACAAGGGGCAGAAUUUUGAGUUGAUUCCAUUUGGAUCAGGGAGACGGAUGUGCAUAGGUAUGCCAUUCGCUCACAAAGUAGUGCCCUUUGUUCUGGCCUCACUGCUUCACUGUUUUGAUUGGGAGCUUGGCAGUAAUUUAACACCAGAAACAAUUGACAUGAAUGAGAGGGUGGGCCUAACACUGAGAAAGCUAGUACCUCUGAAAGCAAUACCCAGAAAGCGUAUUGUUAGGGAUCGAUGAUCAUGAAAGGAGAUGAUGAAAAAGUCCAAGUUCAGAUUGUAUAAGGGUGAUCUAUCAUUGAUCAAAUCAGCAUAAGGGACUAUGUUUUUUAUAUCAAGUAAUUUCGACUCCUUUAGAUUAAUAUAUAUAUAUGUAUU